AUGCGGCAACCCGAACCCCUUGACUCUGAGCGUUCUAUGGAGGAUGACCUACAGCAAUUUUUGGAAAUAGAACGGAAAAGAAAACUGGUGGUUGAAAGAAGCAUACAAGAACUUAUAAACAAGCGAAAGAUACUCAAUGAGACGAUGCAGCAGGAGCUGCAAGAGCUCAUGAGGGAUACGUACACUGUGCAAGAAACUGGGAACGCAUACAGCAGAAACACUUCCCUAAUGGAAGAUAUAAGCAGGGAAUUACCGAUGGACAAUGAAACGGUGCGUACUGAUGAGAAACUGCCAGUUACACACCCUGGUGUUGAGAUCGUGCAAAGUGAUGAAAUUGAUGGCGUUGAACCGCUUAAUAUCCCAGUAAAUAUGCCUAUUUCAGACUAUUUUAUCAGAAAAUAUAUUGUAACAGACAAUUACAUUCAAACUGAAAGAAUAUUGAACCUGCAAAAGAAUAAAAUAACGAACCAGUCUUAUAGACAGCUAAAAUUAAUUGUAAAUAAACGAAUAGGACAGGUAACCACCGAUUUAGAUCAUAUCAAUCUAAUCACAGGAUUCCUCAAACAGUACGAUAGUUGUAUUUUCUACGAACUUCUCUCCAUAAAAAUCAUUGAGCAAGCAAAAUUGCAAGUUUCCAAUUGUUUUGAAACUUACAAAUCGUAUGGCUGGCUCCUCAACAACUUGUACACACCAAAUUUGCACUCACUCUUCUUGGUAGGUCUGGUGUGCAAAAAAGAGGAGGGCAAGUUCCUAAAAAGUAUGUACAGCAUAUAUUUUGAACUUUUGAGAUUACGGCGCAUGUGGCAUGAGGCAUAUAACUUUUUUGCAGGCAUGCUAAACGAGAUGCCCACACCCAACUCCUUUCACGUGGUCGAAGCAUACUUGCUGGUACUUGGAAAGGAUAUGUCUGCAAUUUUUGGAAAAAGAUUCCGAGGCAUCACCAACUAUAUAAGGGAAGAAUACUUCGCUAAGGGAGAUAACAAGCCAUGUAAGGUAAGGAUUGAAAAGAUUAUCGAGGGUUUAUGAUGAUUUGAAUCACCUACACGCACUGAUAAAUAAAUGUUUCGGUUGUCAAAGAACAAACGAUUGGGCUGAUGCUAUGAAUGGUAAAAGCAACGUGAUAAUUUAUGUUCAUGUCU